UUGUACGGUUAGUAGAACACAUAAAGCUGUAACCGCGGCUGUCAACAGCUUUUAUACUAAGCCGUUGGGAGGACACGCCCCCCGUGUUCCCACCACUCACAGGGCAGAAAGUGAUUAGCUCAUCGCGGCUGUCAGUCACGCCUAUCUACCGUUGCUUCCUGUGUGAGCCACUGGACUCGUCUGACUGCACAGAGUCUCCGGUAUGGGCAGCCGUCUAGUCUUCAACUUUUUACUGGAGAUUUUACCACAGUUACUGUACAUUUGACACGGUUUAUAACAUCUGAAAAUGGAUUUCUGAUCGGAAUAACCCGAAAGUGAGUCCGAGUGAGUUCAUUCGACCGUUUAAAUUCAUAUUUUUGUUCGAGUUGUUGAAGGAAGACGGGAAAAUGCCAGUUGCAACUCUUCUGCCUUUUACCGCGACCCCGAAUAGGAAGUCUGCCAGCCCGACCUCAUUCAGGUUGACAGAGAAAUUUAUUUUGUUAUUAGUGUUUAGCGCUUUUAUAACCCUCUGUUUCGGGGCCAUUUUCUUCCUGCCGGACUCGUCCAAGCUGCUUAGCGGAGUUUUCUUUCAUUCCUCCGCGGUGGAGACCAACACCCGCACCGGUCCGGACAGCAGCGACCCAGGUUCGGCAGUAAACGAGGAGAGGGUCCUGGCCAAAAUCAGGAAAGACCACGAAAAAGCUCUGUUAGAGGCAAAGGAUAUCCUACAAAAACGGCCCGACGAGAUAAAACAAGACAUUAAAAAGGAGAAGGAGAAAGUUCCAAUGGAGAGUAUGGGUCAAGGUGGGAAGGAUGACAAUAAUUUACCUAUCGUUGAGUAUCACCGCCCGCCCGGGGCGACUGGACGCGAACCUCUGGACCCCGAAACCAAGGAUAGACGGGCUAAAAUCAAAGAGAUGAUGAAACAUGCGUGGGGCAACUACAGGCGCUACGCCUGGGGUUCCAAUGAGCUCAGGCCCGUCUCCAAGCAAGGCCACUCCAGCAAUCUAUUUGGCAGUAUAAAGGGAGCGACAAUAGUGGAUGCUCUGGAUACCCUCUACAUCAUGGAAAUGUUUGAAGAGUUUGAUGCUGCUACCGAUUGGGUAGAAAAGAACCUCGACUUUAAUGUGAAUGCAGAAGUGUCUGUGUUUGAGGUGAACAUCCGGUUCGUUGGAGGUCUGCUGUCCGCCUACUACCUGUCUGGCAAAGAGGUGUACCGUAAAAAGGCGGUGGAGCUGGGUGAAAAGCUGCUGCCAGCCUUCAAAACGCCCACCGGCAUUCCCUGGGCUCUGCUUAACCUCAAGAGUGGUAUUGGUAGAAACUGGCCCUGGGCCUCAGGCGGCAGCAGCAUCCUGGCAGAGUACGGCACGCUGCAUCUGGAGUUCAUGCACCUCAGCAAACUCUCAGGGAAUCCUGAGUUUGCACAGAAGGUAAUGAACAUCCGGAAAGUACUGAAUCGCCUGGACAAACCCCAGGGGCUGUAUCCCAACUACCUGAACCCCAACAGCGGCCAGUGGGGCCAACAUCACGUUUCCGUGGGUGGCCUAGGUGACAGUUUCUAUGAAUACCUGCUCAAGGCCUGGCUGAUGUCUGACAAGACUGACGAGGAGGGCAAGAGGAUGUAUUAUGAUGCCCUGCAGGCAAUAGAAACUAACCUGAUAAGGAAGUCGAGCAGCGGGCUGACCUACAUAGCGGAGUGGAAGGGGGGUCUGCUGGAGCAUAAGAUGGGUCACCUGACCUGUUUCGCAGGCGGUAUGAUCGCUCUGGGUGCUGAUGGAGCGCCCAGCGAGAAGACGGGACACCAGAUGGAGCAGGCCGCCGAGAUCGCCCGGACGUGUCACGAGUCUUACGCCAGGACCGCUUUGAAGCUGGGACCAGAAGCGUUCCGUUUUGACGGCGGGGUGGAGGCCAUCGCCACACGCCAGAACGAGAAAUACUUCAUCCUCCGUCCCGAGGUCAUAGAGACCUACUUGUACAUGUGGAGGUUCACCCACGACCCCAAAUACAGGGAGUGGGGCUGGGAGGCUGUUCAGGCCUUGGAGCAGCACUGUAAAGUAGAAGGAGGCUACAGCGGCGUUCGAGAUGUCUACGCUUCAACUCCCAACCACGACGACGUACAGCAAAGCUUCUACUUGGCCGAGACACUCAAGUAUCUCUACCUGCUCUUCUCCAACGACGACCACCUACCGUUCGACCACUGGGUCUUCAACACCGAGGCUCACCCUCUGCCCAUCAUCCAGAAGGACAAAACGGACAUCCCCAACGAAGUGGAGUAGUGGAGCCUUCCUGCGCUGACACCCAAAUCAAGUGCGAGAACCUCUGAUCCUGUACACCUGAGCCUCCAGCUGUCUGUCUGAAAUCACUUUGGCCAUUUGGAGUCCCCAGUGGUUACAGAUGCCUCUUGAUUGGGAUUUUUUUUGUUUUUUAAUGGAUCAAAAACACAAUGCAGGCCUGUUGGCACUGAAUUCUUAACUGUAGAACCCAGUUUUUUUUAUUUUUUUUUGCUUUUUGUCGGCGCCGACCAGAACCAACAUAUUUACUGCCGGAUAACG